AGCCUCAAGCCCAAAAGCCCGACUGAAACACACACGAUAGUUCGCCUUGGUGGCUUGCUGCCUCCCUAGUCCCAUGACCAUGAGGCCAUGACCUCAUCCGAUCCCUUUCCCAUCCGCGCGUCCCGACUCCUCCCCUUCCGGGCCUCAACAACGCGAGGAGGCGACGCAAUUCUGGGAGCUCGAAACCCUAGCUCCUAACUUGAGCCCCGGUGCCGUCGAUUCCUCAGGGGCCGCCGCGAUUCGGCUCCUGUAGCAGCUUAGGGCUCCACCGCUCCCCGGCUGCAUCAGCAUCGACGGCGGCGGCGGACGCCGCGACGACUGCGCUGCGCUCGAGGAAGCACCUCGUCUCGGCGGGUCCUCGCUCUUGGAGGCCUUCCAUAAGGCGGUUUCGUGGUGCCCCGAGCCCGGAUCUACGGCGAUCUGGGAGGGGGAAGGCGAUGGAUGAGGCGAUUCAGUGGUAACCCCCAAUCCGGUGGGUUUCCUGCUGGCAGAGGCGGAAAGGUUCGGGCCUUCGGCGGGUGAUCAGAUUUCUCCUUGCGGCGUGCGGCUUGUCUUCUUCCGCGACGGUGUAGGACUGGAACGCAGGAGCCGACAAGGCGGUGGAGAUUAAAAAUUUUUUUGCUUGCUUGUACACUUGUUCAUGUUCAUUAGUUCCUGCUAUUUGUUCUGGUUUAAAGCAUCAAUUUUCCGCUCAAUUUAAGGGCGAAGACAGUUUUUUUGUUCUUCCCUUGUUGGUUUCUAUGGAAUAAUCUCUAUUACAGAAGGAGUGGAAAAGCAACAAAAAAAGGAAAAUAAAAUACAAAAAAGAUAAAACCAGAAGGAAAAAAAAAGAGAAAAUUUGAGUGGGCAAGCGAAAUGGCUGUGUAUUACAAGUUCAAGAGUGCUAGAGACUAUGACUCAAUUCCGAUCGAGGGGCAAUUCAUCUCUGUUGCCAACUUGAAGGAGCGGAUUUUUGAGUCCAAGCAUCUUGGCAGGGGCACAGAUUUUGACCUUAUGAUCUCAAAUGCUCAGACUGAUGAAGAGUACGCUGAUGAGGCCACUAUGAUACCAAAAAAUACGUCAGUAUUGAUUCGGCGGAUACCAGGACGGCCAAGGAAGCCUAUUGUCACAGAACCUGACGAGUCAAAAGCUGCAGAAGAUGGUGUAGAACAAGUCAUGCCCACUGCAAGUGCUUUUCUUGGUGAUUCAUCUAUGAAAUAUCAUGAAGAAUCUGAGUGGGAUGAUGAGUUUGGCAACGAAUUAUAUGUUUCUGAUUCGGUUCCUUCGCAGCCUGCUUGCCAGGCGGUUGAUGAUUCUGAAAACAAAGUUGAUGAGGAUAGUAAAAUAAAAGCACUUAUUGAUACAUCCGCCCUUGACUAUAGCCAAAUCCCUGAUGGUUAUGGUUCUGGAAGAGGCUAUGGUAGAGGGAUGGGUGGCAGAAUGAUGCCUGGCCGUGGCUUUGGACGGCUGGAACGCAGGACACCUCCUCCAGGUUAUGUUUGUCACAGAUGUAAAGUACCUGGUCAUUUUAUUCAACAUUGCCCCACAAAUGGUGAUGCUAGAUAUGAUGUGAAAAGGAUGAAACCCCCAACUGGUAUUCCAAAAUCAAUGCUAAUGCAAACUCCGGAUGGCUCAUAUGCACUACCAAGUGGGGCUGGUGCUGUUUUGAAGCCAAAUGAAGCUGCUUUUGAGAAGGAGAUAGAGGGCCUACCUACCACACGUUCUGUUGGUGAUCUUCCACCAGAGCUACGCUGCCCAUUGUGCAAAGAAGUAAUGAAGGAUGCUGUUCUAACUAGUAAAUGCUGCUUUAGGAGUUUCUGCGAUAAAUGCAUCAGGGAUUACCUAAUUAAUAAGUCAAUGUGUGUCUGUGGUGCCACAAGCAUAUUAGCCGAUGAUCUUCUCCCUAACAAAACUCUAAGAGAAACCAUCAACCGCAUAUUAGAGGCACCACCAACUAGCAGUACGGAAAAUGUGGGAAGCAUGGUGCAAGUACAGGACACGGAGUCAGCUCUACCUGUGCAACCUAAGCUUAGGUCUCCUGCUGUUUCUGCUGCUUCAAAGGAAGAGGCUAAAGCAUCCACACCUGUAGAAGAGUCUCCAGAUGCUGAGAGCCUCAAUGGAGCAAAAGCUACAAAUAUCGAUGCGAGUUCUUCAGAUAAGAAAGCCACAACAGUUCCGGAUAUUGCUGAAGGGACGAUGGAUUCUAAGAAGGCGAAAGAAGAUAAACCAGUGGAAACAACUCCAGUGGCAAAAGAUUCUCAAGAAAAGUUUCCUGCAGGGGAACAAGCUUCAGCGGUGAAGAAGAAGAAAAAGAAGAAGCCACGUGUUCCUGGAAAUGCUGAGGAGCAAUGGAAAAAUUUUCAAGAUUUUGGAGCUGAAAAUUUUCCGGGAAUGCCCUUGGGUCCAACUGGAGCAUUCAACCCGUACUGGGGCGGAGGAAUGCCAUUGCCAAUGGAUUACAUGGGUGCACCGUUUCCCGGUCCCAUGCCCUACAUGGGUUAUCCACCAGGUCCAUUUGACCCUUUUGGUGGGGGUGUUCUCCCACAAGAUCCAUUUAUGCCCCCAGGAUACAUGAUGCCAGGAGUUCCUAGGGAUCUUUCUGAAUUAGCUGUUAACACUAUGGGACUAAACAUGGGCCCGCCAGUUGUGAGCAGAGAAGAAUUUGAUCCCAGGAAACCUGAACAUAGGAGGCGGCGUGAAAUGGAUCGGUUCAAUGAAAGGGAAAGAGAGCGUGACCGUUCUCGAGAGCGGGAGCGGGGUCGUUCCCUGGAUCGGGAGCGGGAGCGUGGUCGUUCCCUGGAGAGGGAGAGGGAGAGGGAGAGGGAGCGGGAGCGUGACCGUUCCUUGGAGAGGGAACGAGAGCGGGUGCGGGAGCAGGAGUGUUCCCGGGAGGGUGACCGUGAGCGGCAGCGAGCCAGGGACAGGGACUCCCGCAGAGAGGCCAGAGCAUCACCAGGGGCCAUUAAUGAUAGUACCUCGAUGAGGCGGAAGGAUGUAUGUCUUUUCCUGUCAACCUGUUAUAAUGCCAUGUUUUGUACUGUUAUCAGUUCCAUGGUAGACAUAUGGAUCAUCGCCGCCACCUCUGGGACACUAGACAGGGCAGGAAGAAAUCCAGACGGAGUCCUGCCUGCUUCUGGUGAUACAGAACAAGAGAGGCACUCUGUUGAAUUCCUAUGCCUUAUGUUCUCAGCGCCUGGGCUGCUUGAUCCGAUUCCAGUAAGAGGUUUGGUUUGCUUUAGGUUACAAGCAGCAGUCACCAGCGGGAGCAUUGCCUGCCCUUGUGAUUAUUGCUUUCCUGGGUUUACAGGAUGUCAUCGCUAUGGCGGAAAGAUGUUUAGUUUGUUUAUUAUGUAUUUAUAUUUAUGCUUACUUUGGGAUUGGGUUUGUCUUUUUUUCCCCUUGUGUUUUCCUUUCUUUUCCAUUCAUGUCUUUUGCUUUCUGAAAGAUGGCGCUUUGCUUUAUUCUUUCAUUCAUAGCUUUUAUUUGUUAUAUAUACUUUUACAUUUCUAUAAUUGCUUGCAGUGGAUAGGACAACUUUUUAAGGUAAAAAGUACUAGUGGAGCCCAAAAACCAAUGUUAGGCCACGAUAAAGAGAGCGAUCUCAAAUUUUCACGAUGAUGCUAGGCUGCUGACGCGUGUGGUGGGCAGCAAGCUGACGUGGCAAGGCUUGAGCCUUGAGCAGUUGUUGACCAUACGAUUUGGUUUGGUUGGCUAGGAUAAACUCAGAGGUUGUCUUGUCACGUGCUUUAU